AUGCAGAUACCAGUGCCAGAAGAAAAAGACCUUCAGAAUAACAAGUAUAUUCUGAAAGAAGUUAUUGAAACCGGCACAACCAGUUGUGUUUAUCGUGGGAUUGAUACGCGCAGUCAGCAGACGGUGGCGAUUAAGGUGAUUAGUCGGAAGAAGUAUGUUGGGCUUGAGAAACGGCAAACCCGGGAAGAACGUAUUCUUAGAGAAGCACUUUUGUCCUUUUUGGUGGCGCAUCCGCAUAUUGUAAGAUUGCGGGAGUUUUGUUACUCGCCGGACUUCUUCUUCUUGGUCUUUGAUCAUGUAAAAGGGGAACAGUUGCUGAAACGGAUUGUUCGGAGUAAACGGUUGUCAGAAAGUGUGGCUAAACGAUACUUUUUGCAAAUGUUAGAUGCCGUUGGAUACUGCCAUUCCCAUCAUAUUGUUCAUCGUGAUAUCAAGAUCGAAAAUAUUUUGAUUGAUCAACAUGAUAAUGCUAAGCUGAUUGAUUUUGGUUUGGCUAACUUCUAUGAAGAAAAAGGGUUCUUGGGGACCUUUUGUGGCUCGCUUUACUUUGCGGCGCCAGAACUCUUAUCUGGGAGCCUUUAUGAAGGACCGGAGAUAGAUGUUUGGUCGUUGGGAGUGGUGCUUUAUGUAAUGGUUUGUGGCCGCGUGCCUUUUGAUGACCGGAAUAUGCGAUCUCUUUACCAGAAGAUAAUUGCUGGGUCUAUUUCGACGGAAGGCCUGGCGCCGGAGUUGGCUUCGCUGAUUCUGCGAAUGCUUGAUCCGAAUCGACGGACUCGUAUUACGAUUGCAGAAAUAUACACCCAUCCUUGGGUGGCCCGGGUUUCCAGUCGCUCUGUAAGUCCGCCGGCUAUUGCGGAACAGAAGCUGCCGGAUGCAGAGCAGUGUGCAUAUUUGGACUAUUUGUUUGGCGGACAGUUUCGGUUGCGCGAUGGCCGGUAUGCGGGAGCUUUGAGUAGUGUGGCUUCGUUGGCGGCCGAUAAAGCCAUGGGGCGUCGACAGCCCGACCGGAUUGCGGCCAUUGCUGAAUUUGCCAGCGAUCGGCGCUUGAAGAUUGGUCGGCGCAUGUUUUCGCACUGGGGUGGACUUCGAGCGGCAGAAACGGCUGUGGUUAGAAGUGUUGAAGCUGCACUGCAUGAAGCCGGUUUGGUUUUUGGCGUUGAGGCCGGCCGGUAUGUUUGUGCAGAUGCAGCAGGUGAGGAUGAGUUUGCCGUACAGGUAGUUAAGAAUAGAAUAAGCCGCGGAUACGGAGUGGAGGUCAAAGCGGCCGUUCGAACGGCUCGCAUGCGCGAACUUGAAGGAUUUAUCCGCCGGCGCAUGCGUCAGAUCGUUGAAACUGGUGGCUGGGCAGGUUCAUAUCAGUAA